ACAAAAACAAACAAAAAAAAAAAGUUCUUCCCUUCAAUCCCAAAAAAUAAGAAAAAGAUCACAAUUUUAAGCCAUUUCUUUUACACCCAUAUCAUAAUCCAAGUUUUAGGACCAUUUUUACAUCAAAAAAGUUUUAAAAUCAUUUUAUUUACAUAAUAUUUGCAUAAAAAUUUAUGAUUAAAAAAGGAAAAAUAGUUAGUGAUCUUGAUUCUCCUAUGCCAGGAAGAGGAUGUCAUCUUCAGGAAGAUCAAUAAGGCAUUAUGUAGAACAAGAGUUGGGAAGUGUUCCACAUUUUGUAAUCUAUGCAAUCCUAGAAUGGACCCUUAUAGGCUUACUCUUCCUUGAUGGAUUCCUUGCAUUUAUAUCAAGUGAAUUUGCAGAUUUCUUUGAUCUACAAUCCCCUUGUGUGUUAUGUACACGAAUCGAUCAUGUUUUAACACGACAUAGAACGCGCUUUUGUUACAAUGAAACCAUUUGUGAUGGUCAUAAGAAGGAUUUAUCCUCCCUUGCAUUUUGUCAUGUUCAUAGAAACCUUUCUGAUAUUAGAACAAUGUGUGAAGGUUGUCUUCUUUCUUUUGCUACUGAUAAAUCUUUUAAUGGGGUUAGAAGUAAGGAUCUUGAAGGAAUGGUUAAUCAUGAAAUGAAGGCAAGGCUUCAGUUAAGGCCUCUUUGGAGUAAUUCAGGGAAUGGGAAUGGGAAUGGGAAUGAGAAAUUGACUUAUUGCUCAUGUUGUGGGGAACCUAUGAAGGUUAAGCCUAGUAGUUAUGAAGAGGUUGGUAAUGGAAAUCCUAAUUGGCUUUUACAGCAGGCUCCGGCUCCUUCGCCUCGCGGUCCUUUUGGUUCGUGGAGGGGUGAAGAUGCUCGAAUGACGUUAGAGUUGUCGAAUAUACGAUGUCAAGAGAUUAAGUUGUCUGAAACUACCACCCUUGAAGAGGAGGAUUCAUUAAGUGUUGCUACUCCAUUUGCAAGCAAGGAAGAAAGCAGAGCAAUAACAACACCAAGGCCAACAGAAACUGAUGAAUCAAUAAUAGAAGAUUUUGGUAGAACACUUUCCUUUUCAAGGGGUAACAGAUUCUUCGGCAUAAGCGAUUCAGCAGCUUCAAGUCCAAGGUACGCGAACAGAAUGCCUAGAAAAUCACUCAUCGAAAAAGUAGAACUCGGUUCAGACCCUGUCGAGACAAUCACAGGUAACGAAACAGACACAGAAAUCAUCCUGACCCGUCUAAAGAAACAAGUGCGGUCAGACAGAAAGUCACUUAUAGCACUUUACAUGGAGUUAGACGAAGAAAGAAGUGCAGCAGCAGUAGCAGCAAACAACGCGAUGGCUAUGAUCACAAGACUACAAGCCGAAAAAGCGUCAGUCCAAAUGGAAGCCUUACAAUAUCAAAGAAUGAUGGAAGAACAAGCAGAGUAUGAUAAAGAAGAUAUUCAAAUGUUGAAGGAGUUUGUGAAUAAAAAAGAGGAUGAAAUUAGAGAACUAGAAAAUGAAUUAGAGCUUUAUCGCGAUAGAUUUGGACUUCCUCAUGUUAGUCGAGGUGAUGGGUUGGAACGAUCUCAGUCGUUCUCAUCGAUUACUGAACAUGGAAGUCCAUUGUUUAGUAUUGUUGCUACUGAUACUGAAAUGGAUGUGAAUGAUCAUAUUUCUGAUAAGAGUGGUAGUGGAUCAUCUUUUGGUGAAGGUGAACAUAAUGGACUUAAUUAUCAAAAGGAUGAAUAUUAUCUUGGGGGGUUUUCAUAUCAGGAUUUUGAAAAUGCUGAUCCAAAGAAUGGUAAUCAUAAUCAUCAUGAUGAACAUCAUAGUGAAGGUGAUCAUGACAUGGAUGUCCAUACUUCAAUUGGUAAUGAAGAAAUUAUAGGUAACUAAGAUAUAGACAUCAGGAAAGGAUAUAUUAAAGAACUAGGGGAGAAGAUGAGGGCACUUGAAGAGGAAGGUACUUUUUUAAAACAAGUUCUCCAAACACAUAAAGAGGAAAAUAUUGAACAAAGCAAAGCAAAUGUGAGAAUAUGCAAAAAUCCUGGUACAUGGGUCCCAUCCCAUUACAGCCAAUUAUCUGUAUUUCAUCCUGAUCUGUUUGGACUUGGUGCUACUUUGUGACUCUUUCUUAACAAUGAAAUAUGAGAACAUCUAAUCAAGUUAAUUAAGACUAAGCUAAAAUGUAAUUAUACAA